CUAAGUAUGCAGACUGCUUCUACAAACAUUUGUGAAAGAAUGGAUCGCUUUCAGGAGCUCAGUGAAUUCAAGCGUGGUACCGUGAUAGGUUGCCACCUGUGCAAUAAAUCCAUCCUUGAAAUUUCCUUGUUACUAAAAAUUCCACGAUCAACUGUUGGUGGUAUUUGAACAAAGUGGAAGCAACUGGGAAUAACAGCAACUCAAAGUGGUAGGCCACCUGACUCUAGAGCAGUGGAGACAUGUUCUCCGGAGUGAUGAAUCACACUUCUCUGUCUGGCAAUCUUAUCAAUUUGUCUGGGUUUGGCAGGUGACAAGAGAACGGUACUUGUCUGACUGCACUGUGCCAAGUGUAA